CUACCACUUCCCCUUGCCAAAAAAGAUGACUCCAUGAGAUUACAAUCUAUUGAAAAAAUGAAAAACAAAAACUAGAUCUAAAAAGAAACUGUAACUCUGGUUCAGUUUGCUCCAUCUCUCUCUCUCUCACAGACAUAGAAGAAAGAAUCUCUCUAAUCAGAAACAAUGGAAGGAGAAGCUGCUGCAGCCGUCCUUCAAGUUCUGGUUCAAAACCUCAUCGAUCAUUCAAAGAAAGAGAUCUCACUAAUCAGAGGUCUCGACAAAGACGCAGCAAAGCUAACUGGGAGUCUCGACACCAUCCAGAAAUUCCUCAACGACGCUGAGCAGCGCGCCAUCCCCGGCGAGGCUGUCAAGAGCUGGCUGAAGAGGCUUGAAGACGUGGCGUUUGAUGCUGACAAUGUUUUGGAUGAACUCAACUAUCGUAUUCUCUCCAAAGAAAUUAAUUAUAAGGCCACCAAAUCCAUGAAGGAAAAGGUACUAUCAUGCUUCUCAUCCUUCAGUCAUAUUGCACGUCCCCGAAAUAUGGCUCUUAGAAUCAAAGAAAUCUAUGAGAGUUUGGAUUCCAUCAACAAAGAGGCCACCGAGCUAGGCCUUGUUGGGAGGCUUGCCAAUGAGCCCACUUUGGUUAUUACUGCUUUGGAAACUGAUUCAUACACUCUUGAUCCAAUUUUUAUUGGAAGAGAUGAUGUUGAGUCGGAAAUAGUUGAGAUGCUUACCAAUAGCAUCACAACUGAUGAAGGAUCAGUUUCCAUCCUUGCCAUUGUCGGGAUGGGGGGACUGGGGAAGACAACAUUGACUAGGAAAGUCUUCAAUCGCCUAAAGAAUGAGACUCGAUUUGGAUCACAUAUUUGGGUGCAUGUUUCCCCAAGUUUUGAUCCAAUCAUUCUUUUCAAGAAAAUUCUCAAAGAGUUGACUUCUACUGAUGGAGUUGGAGUUGAAGUUGAGAGUAAGCAAGAUAUUCUUUCAAAGCUUCAAAAAGCUUUCAAAGAUAAAACAUAUCUUCUUAUUCUUGAUGAUAUAUGGAAUGAAGAUCUUUCGAAAUGGGAAUAUUUUAUCAAUUCCUUGUUGGGAGUUACUUCUAUUAAGGGAAAUGCAAUUGUUGUUACCACCAGAAGUAUGAAGGUUGCUUCAAUUGUGAAUCCCCUCCAUACACAUGAGUUGGAAGGCUUAUCAGCGGAACAUUGUUGGUCGAUAAUGAAAGAGAAAACAUUCGGGAAAAAAGAUGUUCCGUCAGAAUUUGAGGCCAUUGGGAGAAAGAUAGCAAGAAGGUGUCAAGGUUUGCCAUUAGCUGCCAACGUAGUUGGGGGAAUACUGAGCAAUCAAUCUGAGGAAAAAUGGCGUUCAAUCGAGGAGAAAUGGCUUUCACCCGAUGAAGGAGGAGAUAAUAUCACAAAAAUAUUAAGAUUGAGCUAUGAUAAUUUGUCUCCGUCAUUACUUAAGAAGUGCUUUGCUUACUGUGCCAUGUUUCCUAAAGGCUCCGAAAUCAGGAAACGGGAAUUGAUUGAGAUGUGGAUGGCAGAAGGUUUUCUUCAAGUUGAUGAAAGGGAUGACAUGGAGUCCGUGGGCGAAAAAUUUAUCAACGUUCUUCUGCACAACUCUUUACUGCAAGUUUCAAAGAGAGAUCAUGACGGAAAUGUAAAAAAGUGUGGCAUGCACGAUCUUGUGCACGAUCUCGCUUGUUCUGUUUCAACUUCCUCUAGCAAUACAUGUGGUAGCAGCCGAGUUCGAUACAUGUCUCUCAAAGAAAAAUCAAGUGAGGGCAAAUCAAAAGAAAUGGCAAAAUAUUUGCGAACAUUAUUAAUAUCAUUCUAUGGUGGUAGAUCUCUUAUCAACUUCUCAGACUUGGAAAGUCUGCAUGUUUUACGUCUUGAUGAAGGAGUUGAAGAGUUGUCAAGAUCGAUUCGAAAGUUGAUACAUUUGAGAUAUUUUGACAUUUCACACACAAGAAUUGUAUAUUUGCCGGAUUGGAUUGGUAAAUUCUUUCACUUGCAGACAUUCAGAGUAGAUGCACCAUAUUUGACAGAACUGCCAAGUACGAUUAAGUACUUGAUUAACUUGAGGCAUCUUUAUAUUAACGAGCGUGCAGAGUUGCCUAUAGGAAUUGGGAGAUUAACUUCUCUCCAAACGCUAAAGUACUUUCCAGUGGGCGACGAGAAUGGCUGCAAGAUUGAAGAGCUUGGGAGUUUGAAUAAUCUUAAAGGAGAGUUAAAUAUUCGCAAUCUCGAAAGGGUUCAUGACAAGGAAGAGGCUGGAAAAGCGAAUUUAUUCAAGAAGUCAAAAAUAUGGAAGUUGUGUUUGAAAUGGGAUGAAGACAGAGAAGGUGAAACAAAUGAUGAGAAUGUAUUGGAAGGCCUUCAACCUCACCCAAAUCUGAAGGUGUUGGAAAUUUUCGGAUUCAAUGGCAAAAGAUUUCCAUUAUGGACUCAGAAGAUGGCAGUUCGAGAUCAAGACUCUUGGGUGGUACUUAACAAGUUAACGACGUUAACACUCUGCUACUGCUUUGAAUUUGAAGAGAUGCCAAUGUUGGGGCACUUGCCCAGUCUCAAGUACCUUGUGUUGGCAGGAUUGUACAAUUUGAAGUGUAUGAAUUCUUCAUUCUACGGAAUGGUGAACAAGGACACACGCGUUGUUUUCCCAGCUCUCGAACUCCUCAUCUUGCAACGAAUGCCUAAGCUGGCAAAGUGGGCAGAAAUUGAAAUUCCGGGUGGAAGUGAAGUGAAGGUAUUUCCUCGCCUCCAACAUUUGCAAAUUGAGAGUUGCGUGCAAUUGGUGAGUGUCCCAACUGAUUUGUUAUUCAACCAAGCUCUCUCUGAUUUGGAAAUACGUGAGUGCCCAAAUUUGAGAGAAUUAUCAGAUAGCCGCGGAGAACAAUCACAAGGAAGAAGCUUCACAUCCCUUCGCAAUCUCUGGAUUCGUGAAUGCGAAGCAUUGGAGUAUUUGCCAUGUGAAAUGCUAGGAUUCUCUCUUGAGGAGCUGUCAUUGAAGAAUCUAAGUAGCCUAAAGAAUCUACCAAGGGUAAUUGCCUGCCUCCCAAAUUUGCCUCGUCUGACACAUUUGACAAUCGAAGGUGUUCCUAAUUUUAUGACCACUUGUCGUCUUGAGAUUUCGCCUUUUCCCAGCUUGAGAGGCAUGAGUAUCGAUGCCAGUACGGGGGAUUCAAGCUCGAUGGAGACCGUGGAUGCCAUAUUGCAAGGAUGCUGCCACUCACUGAAUGAUUUAUCUUUGAAGGGGAUGGAAAGUUGGGAAUGCCUGCCGGAAUCAAUUCAACAUCUCACUGCUCUUUCUAAGUUAAAGUUAGAUAAUUUUGGAAUGGAAGAGUUACCUGAAUGGUUUGCAAGCCUCUCAUCUCUAGAGCACUUAUCUUUAUGUAACUGCAAAAGGCUAAGGCGUCUACCAUCUAUGGAUGCAAUGCGGCGCCUCACAACAUUGAGAUUUCUAGAAAUUAAGGGUUGCCCAGAAUUAGUGAUUAAAAGUGAGGCAACUGAUUCUGAAUGGCCCAAGGUUUCCUAUAUUCACAGCAUUGGAAUUGAUGGCUCAUACAUUACCCGUGACGGUUGAUUUGAAGUGGCAUAUAAGCUUGAUAAGUGAUGCUAUUGAAUGCCUAAUUGAACAGAGGUCUGAUUCUGGUGAAGAAAAAAGAGUUUCCAUUUGAUGCCAGCAGCUUGGUCGAUGAUUUACGUACUCUUAUGUCUUUGUUACACACAAGCAGUGUUGAAGAUGAAGAUAGUGAAACAGAGGAUUCAACAGCUGUGGAAGUUGAACCCAAUCCCAGCUAGCAAAAAGGGAAAAAAGGAAAGAAUAAGAAUAAAAACAUGCCAAAGAAAGGGAAGGGGGUAAGAAGAAGAGGUAGCUAGCUAUUUCCAUUUCUUGAUGAAUGCCUAAUAUUGAGGCUUGCUAGCUUGAAUUUGAUGAAAUAGUUUUGAGGCUUGCAUGAGUUGUUUAACAAGAUUUAGGAUUUAUGAUGAUUCGAGCUGUAAACUGGUGGAGCACAAUUUGAUGUAAAUGCAUUGAAUUUGUUGUA